CUAGAUGACGUAAUCCCAGUAAGGCUGACAGCUCGGUGCUCUGCGGUAACCGGUAACACACCGACAGUCAGUCAGCUCAGAGAGCCGUUAGCUAACCUUAGAUAUCCUCUGUUCGGUUCAAGUUUAAAUCCGUCUAGUCCGUUAACACAAUCUAAAACACAAGGCGUCCGUUAAACCGGGUCACGUAUUUGCUGUUGAUCAGCUGGCUAAUGUUAGCUGUUUCCUGGUCGGAGCUGCAGCCAUUUUGGAUUUCUACCGAGAAACAACUAGCCUGUCGUGGUGUGAGCAGUGUGAGCUAGUCACCGCUCCCCAUUUCACAACUAAACACCGCUGUUUAGGCCUAUCUGCAGAACUGGAAAAGGACUUCUGAUCAGAGGGGACACGCUACACAACUAGUCCACAAUGAAUCCAGAAUAUGACUAUUUAUUUAAGCUGCUCCUGAUUGGUGACUCUGGUGUUGGAAAGUCUUGCCUUCUUCUCCGAUUUGCAGAUGACACAUACACAGAAAGUUACAUUAGCACUAUUGGUGUGGACUUCAAAAUACGAACCAUAGAACUUGAUGGAAAGACCAUUAAACUUCAGAUUUGGGAUACUGCAGGUCAGGAAAGGUUUCGCACAAUCACGUCCAGCUACUACCGAGGGGCUCAUGGUAUCAUUGUAGUGUAUGAUGUCACAGACCAGGAGUCCUUCAACAAUGUCAAACAGUGGCUACAGGAGAUCGACCGCUACGCCAGUGAAAAUGUCAACAAGCUAUUGGUUGGAAACAAGUGUGACCUGACGACGAAGAAGGUGGUGGAUUACACAACAGCUAAGGAGUUUGCAGACUCUCUAGGCAUUCCCUUUUUGGAAACCAGCGCUAAGAAUGCCACCAAUGUGGAGCAGGCCUUCAUGACCAUGGCUGCUGAAAUCAAGAAGAGGAUGGGCCCUGGGGCCACAGCUGGAGGAGGGGAGAAGCCCAAUGUGAAGCUGACCCCCGGCACUACUGUGAAGCCUUCAUCAGGAGGAUGCUGCUGAGAGAGAAACCACUCCCCCGCCCUCUUUCUCUGCAGGCCUGUCACCUGGCCGCCAUCCCCCUCCAACACCACCGUAUCCCAGCGAAGCCCCCCCACAUGCAGACAGGACAGAGAGGACACGUGAGAAUAAGAUGAAGUUGCCUGUAUUUGUACUGUACAUAGUAUAGCCGCACUACCAAAAACAAAUAAAGCAUCCUUCUUGUACCCCUCCAGACCUAUCAGAGGCUACUCUGAAUGCAGGCUCAAAAGAACUCUGUGCGUGUGUCCUUGCAUUCCUACAGCGGGGUUGGUGAAUGAAUCCAUUCAUUAAAGUUUUUGUUUGUAUGGACCUUUUUUUCUUCUUUGCUUUUUCCUUCCUUCACUGAUUAUUUUGCUGUUUCUAUCAGCAUGUCCGUCAGUCUGUCCUCACCGUUUCUGUUUCUCACCAACCCAUGUCCAGCAGUGUCUCACUGUCCAGCAUCUAAAGUGUAGUGCAGUACAUUAUAUGUACAUAAAGUGUGUGUGUGUGUGUGUGUGUGUGUGUGUGUGUGUGUGUGUGUGUGUGUGUGUGUGUGUGUGUGUGUGUGUGUGUGUGUGUGUGUGUGUGUGUGUGUGUGUGUGUGUGUGUGUGUGUGUGUGUGUGUGUGUGUGUGUGUGUGUGUGUGUGUGUGUGUGUGUGUGUGUGUGUGUGUGUGUGUGUGUGUGUGUGUGUUCUCUCAAAUCUGAUUUGCCAGUUCUGUAGUGUUCAAUUGACUCUUUAUCUCUGCAUUUAAUUAUUGGCUGAAGAUAACUGUAAGUUUGUUGCGCAACAUGUAACACCUGAACUGAAAAUAAAUCUUGUUCUACCAGACUGUAUAAAAA